CGCAAAUACAACGUCAACUUCCACAGAGACUAAUGUAACAGUCAUCGGAUUUUUACUGUUUAAUGUAUUAUUUUUAUCGAUUAAAAUGGAUGUAGUUAUUUAUAUACUAUCUGCGAGUAUUCUGCUCAUUCUCAUACUUUUUGCUGUGAAGCUUCGUGCGCGUGUUGAGACAGCAGAUCGUGAACACGCUCAGAAUGUGGUGGCUAGAGCCGUGGCGCGUCCACAGGCGGCGGUGGAGGAACGGGCAGCAGGGAUGCCCCGUCGCCGUAGAAACCUCCACAGCAGAGUGACUGCACAGCAACGGAUACAGCAAAACACACCAGACGACGAGGUCGAUCCUGUAGAAGCAGAUGAGAUCGAAGAGGACAGACAUCCGUCUGACGAACGUCCUCAAGCCGCUGGUAAAGUUGGAGCGAAGAAACAGAGGAAGCUGGAGGAGAAACAGGCUCGGAAAGCUCAGAGAGAGGCAGAAAUGGAAGAACGAGAGGAGAGGAAGAAAAUGCAGGAGCUCAGAGACCAAGAGAGACAGAAAGAGGACGAGAACGAGCGACUCCAGGAGCAGAAACAGGAUGAGGAGUUGCGGCAAGCCAAAGAGGAGCAGGAGAGGAGAGAAGAGGAGGAGUAUCAGAGACUGAAGGAGGCGUUUGUGAUUGAGGAGCAGGGAGAGUCAGAGGAGCUCACAGAGCAGGAGUCUCGUAACCUUUUGCAAGAGUUCAUCGAUUAUAUCAAGAGAUCUAAAGUGGUUUUGUUGGAGGAUUUGGCGUCUCACUUUGGGAUGCGCACACAGGAUGCUAUUGCCAGACUGCAGGAUUUGAUGGCACAAGGUUCUCUCACAGGGGUGAUUGAUGACAGAGGAAAGUUUAUUUUCAUCACCCCGGAGGAGCUCAACGCUGUGGCUGACUUUAUCAGACAGAGAGGACGAGUGUCUAUCACAGAACUGGCCCGAGCCAGUAACACCCUCAUCAACCUGAACCCUGACAUCCAGAGCCAAUAACCACACAGACUGAAUUUAAAUAAACACAUAGAUGUAAAUAAAGUGACGGAAAUUAUGUUUGUGAGCACACAAGCUUCUGUCGUUUUAUAAUCUCGUUCCACUGGUAUUUUUAGUUUUGCUGUAUUUCUUUCUAGUACACACAGAUUUCAUACACGCCCUCUGCUUAAUGUGCUGUCAUUAAUCAUUUAAAGACCAUUAUGUAGGACCUAAUUAAUAUUCAUAAGUUGAUCUAUUUCUAUCUUGUGAUUUUAUAGGCAAGCACGUACACCGCUACAACAUAAACCUUCACAAUAAUAACCUUUUUAUGUAUACAAUCCUGUUUAAUUCAAAAUCACAAAACAAAGCACAAUACUUUUUGAUAUAACUAACAUUUAAACAGGCGACCUGAAAAAAUGUUUGUCAACUUUAAUUGUUUGAAAAUGAUUGUGUCAAGCAUCUUGCAAAUAGGUCUACAUUGAAAAGCAUGUGACAGACAUAAUAAUUGUAUGCGGGGGGGGGGGGGUCGGCUUGUGACACCAAUUUCCUGUUUUAUCCGGAAGUCCACCUUAUUCUGUUCGUGUGUUCGUCACAUGAUCAUGUUCAGUGGGAGGUGAGAUGGUCCUGCUCCGCCCUCUGCUGGUGUUUGGUCACAACAUCUCCGCAAGAAACACAAGAUUAUCAGAUAAGGUGUUUAAUAAAUGAGCUUUGACUUGUUAAUCUUAAAUAGGACACUGUUGGCUACAGAGUUCAGUCGUGCUGUUUGAAAAGAAAACAGGAUCUGUUUCCGCAUGACAGUCAGUAGUGUGUGAAUGUGUCCUCCAGGGGGCGCUGUGUUCUCCAGCUUCAUCGCAUUUCCUCUAUUCUGCUCAUUCAGGACAAACAAACACACACGGGCUGCUGCUCUCAGUUCGCUUGCUCUGGAGAACCCGUGCACCUGUAAACUUUCAGCUGGUCUGAAUCGGUUCUCAUGUGGUUCGAACCGGUGGUUUUCGUUCUGUCUUCUGGUUCACAAUGAGAGAGAAGCGCGACGACACAGGGCGGAUCACGACAUUUGUUUAUUGUCUUUAAUGUUUGUGGAUGUGUGAAAUGAUGGCAGUGAUAUAAUGCGAAUGAUCUCGUGGAUCUGUCCAUCGUGUAUCCGUGUGUGCGCGCACGCGGGACUCUUUGAUCUGUGCAGUUAAAGUGGACCCACGAAAGCUCACGUGCGAACCUGCCUGAACUCUGUUUAAUAAAUCAGAAUGACGCUGGCAUUGAGCCCUGCGGCCGUGUGUCAGUGCUUCACACUUGUGUCGCUGUGCACAUCUAUCGCAGACCCCAACUGGAUCCAGAUCAAAAACUCUUCUCAAGCAAACGGCCAGCAGCUCAUCUAUGGCGUGGCUUUCACUAUACACGCCUAUCAGAAUCGCACGGACACAGGGCCGCUGGGUGGGCUCAACGGAUGGGGAAUGUGGCUGCUGUACGUGCUGGCGUGUCUCUGCUACAGCGCCGUCCUGCUCUCCAGUUUAUCUUUCCUGCUGGACUUCCUCGGCAGAGCUGUCAGUCACUCACGAGUGGUGACAUCCCUGUAUAUAUUAACAGUGUUGGACUGUCUGGCGGUUCUGGGUGUGUGUGUAACCUGUCUGUUCGUUAUUAAACACAACCUGCAGCGAGCGAAACACUCACGGUCGGACCGAACAGAAAUAAACCCGUCCGAGCUGCUAGUGUCUCCGGGAGAGAGUCUGUACUUUGAGCUGCUGGGUUUGAUCUUCUCGGUGAUGGCCUGUGCUUUUGCCCUGAAGGGUCGAGAGGAGCCCAUCGCACCACGUGAUUACCUGAGUGUGGAAUCUGAGGACAGUGAGACGGAGCCUUUGAUUGGUGGAGCUGAGUGAAUGGAUGGAAGACGUUCACUUGAUAUGAUCUGAAACUAUUGCACAAUAAGACUCGAGAGCAAUGAUACUGAGAGUCUCCGGUUCUUCAUCAGGAACAUAAGGAUCUUUCUGACACUGUUGGACAGAGUUGAGAAUAUUAGAAUUUGUUCAUUUCCAGUUCAUGAGGUAGAAUGUGAAUUGAAGCACUGAAUGUUGUAUUGCAGGUGAAACUGAAUUGAAGAAUUUUACUCAAGGUUAAUGCACUUAACAAAGAAAAUGAAUUAAAUCUAAGAACAAAUUAGAAAUAUACACCUGCUUAUCUUAAUGUUGAAGAUUUUAUAUGUAAAGCUUCUUCUGUUCUUCUGUUUGCUGGUAAAUUACAGCAUUUGAAGUCUUUUACACUUUGCUCUAUAUAAUGUAUGCUAAAUUAUUAAAUGAAGUAUGUAAAAAUA